UGGCUGUAGGAGGUCAUCCAGACAUCCAUACAGGGUCAAAGGUCACCAACUGCCAGUUGUCACUGAGCAGAGCCAAGAUGUUUUCGAAGACGUUCCUGAGAUUUCGAAAAUGUUGCAGAGAAAUCUUCCAAUGCUGUUGGGGGAGAAUGAGAAGGAAUGCCAGGCCAGCCAGUCCUUCAACCUCCACCUUGGAAGACGCAACAAAUCUGUCUGGCCGAAGAAAAACGAAAAUCACGAUAGACAUUGAGCUCCAUAAAGUGGAGCAGCACGGUUUCCCUCCAAAGGACAGCCGAGGGAAAGAGAAGGUCCUCUUCGAGAGGAAGGACCUUUUCCAAGCAGCGCAAUCAGAGCUGGCCUGUAUAAGAAGAGACCAGGAAAUAAGCCAAUAUUUGCGCCAAGUGGUCUCUGAGAGGAGGAGAGAGACGCAAAUAGCUCUGUUGCAGGAGCACAGCUUUGUCAAUGGAUUAGCUGCAUUGCUGGAAAUGUAUGAUCUCAGCAAGAUAACACCAGAAAGAGAUGAACCAAUAGAAUCCAUGCUGAUGGACAUUUCCAGUUUUUAUUGGAUGGCUACCCUGGAUGCAGAGGAGGAAGAUCUUUCUGAGGUGGAGAAGAAGUUGCUGGAGGAGGCCUUUGGCCUAACAAUGAGGAACCUACUCCGACAAUCUCCCACGACAGAACAGUUUGUUUUCAUUCUGAAGAACUUGGACCCACGUGGGAAACUCUUUUUGCCGGCGAUAAACCAGCUCCUGUCCUGUGGAAACCAUCAUCCCAGGAUAGAUCUCGAUCAAGUCCAGCAGGCUUUCCCUGAUGUUCCCAGGGAAAUCUGGCAGGCUGGAACCACCUACGAAAACAUCAAUGAAGGAGACCUAGAAAUAGAGGAGUUGUGACCUCCACCCUUCGCCGUUGAGCCACCUAUGAAGAAAAGCUACCAUCUCAGGAAAUGGCCCUUUGGUUCUUCCUUCUAUAAAUUGCAUAAAUUUUGUAUAAUAGUUGAAUUUGAUCUGUUAAAACUUCUGACUGUAUAAUAAUUGUUGGUAUCUGUGUUUGUAGAUCACUGGAAGAUCAGAACUCCCUCCUGCUGAAGGUUCCCUUGGGGUUUGGAAGAUGGCACUGGGGCUGAAGAUGCUGUGGAGCAGACGCCGACCAUCAUCGUUUUUAAUAUGCUGCAGCAGGCUGGGUAGCAGCUUGGACAGAAUUCCACGCAGUUCCUGUAACGGACCUGCUUGCUUGGACCAUCACCCGGCUGGAUCAACAUCUCCCCAGGAUAGAAGAACAACGAAACACAGAUGGAUGGACUUGAGUUUUUAAUGACAGUGUUUAUUUCUUGUAUCUAUGGGACACUUAUAUGUCUCCAGCUAUAUGCCACCAUUGAAGGCAAACACAAGGCAAAGAAGACAGAAGUUUAGUCAAAGGUGCUACCUUCAGACUCUCAAGAUUCCGUUAAUGUAGCCUUACAAUAAGGUCGAAUUAGCCCAUUUAGUCGUAUUUCCUGUCUCGUUUCCCUUGGAGGACUGACACAAUGUCUGCAGGUUGUUGGAAUUGUGUGUGUGUGUGUGUGUGUGUGUGUGUGUGUGUGUGUGUGUGUGUGAAGCCUCCCAGGUAAACAGACAGGAAACGUGCCUAAAAGUGCUAAUUCGACCUUAUUUUAAGGCUACAUUAACAGAACCUUGAAAGUCUGAAAGUAGCCCUUUUGACUGAAUUUCUAUCUUCUUUAUCUUAUGUUUCCUUAAAUGGGUGGCAUAUAAAUGUCCCAUAGAUAGAAUGUAUGUAUAUGUUUAUUUAUUGUAUUUUGCUUGUCGUAUUCUGUUUUUAAUUGUAUAAUUGAUUUUAUGAUUGUUUGCUACCCAUUGUCCCUUGUUUGACAUGGGCCCCUCUACAAAUUGGAUAAAUAAAUAAGUAUACUUUGAAUAUUUUUCCUUCACUUGUUUUCCUUGCUCUUUUUUUUUAAUUUCAUUAUUUUUUUAAAUCUGUAUUUGUAUUUUGGUUAUUUCAUUUCCAAAUAUAAAUAAAGGUACAAUAUAAGUC